AACGGGGGAUUUUCCAUACAACAAAUAACUAAGUCAAAUCACGGAGAAGUAUGAACUGCCCUUCCUGAGUCAUUCAAACAAAUAUAUCAUCUAUCUGCGGUCUUAAAAUAAAGACGCAACGAGAAAAAUGGCACGUAAGGGAGUUCAGUACACUCCGCCACCUUCGCCGCCGUCGCCCACGGCUUCUUACUACGACGUCAGCGACGACGAGGAGGACGAUUAUAACACCAUCUCACAUGCAACAACUGGGAGAGGAGUCAAAUUGCUCUUUUCAAAAAGCAAGGUCUACGUUCACCCCACCCCUUCCUCCAAAGAUAAUAUCCCUGGGUUCAUCGCCCUUAUUCAACAAAAGCCGGCUCAUGGUGCUUCGAAUGCGAUCGCAUCGGCCAACGGUUCAAGAAAGGCCGAGCUAUCAUCUUACCUCCUUGCCUGGGUCCCGGAAUCCUCGCUAGGCGACGCCUAUAACACCUAUGUCAAAGUCGAUCUUGCGGGCGACUCCUCCCCCCCGCGACAGAGAUAUUUGGUACCCCCUCUACCAACAACCACCACCCAUAAAGACCCAAUAGGGCUCUAUGCCUUUGCCGUACCACUCUCAGAGGUCUAUUCAUUGCUUGUGCGACCUCCGAGCAUCGGAUGGUGGUUUGGAAGCCUUGUGAUCAAUACGCGUGCAGGUGAUAGCUUUCCUGCCCUGUUUUUCCAUGAUAGCGAAUGCGAAUCGACCAUCCUACAAAAGAGGAAGAGGACUCAGGAAUCAUUUGAUCCCUUCGGCGAGGAUGGCAGUCUGUUCUGGGGUGGCGAUGAGGUCCUAAGGUGGCUUCGGAAGUAUGUGGAGGUGCAGCGCUCAGCCGUUGAUAAUAGCAUAUAUCUGAUCAACCCAUCCGAAGAAGAUCGCAUAUCAUUUGGGCGGCCGUUGACAGCCGAUGGAACAGUAAGCAGAGCCCAGGACCAACCCUCUGGGCCAUCCGCGCAAGGUAGCAGCGGACAGCGGGAUGCGGGAAUGGAUCCUUUUAUGAAAGCGAUUAAGGAGACUAGAUGGAAGGUGCUUGAGCAGCUGAGCAAGAUCACGACCUUUACAAGGCGGACAGCGAAUGAGAUAGCCGAAAACCCGCGAAUUCCUCCGCAAGUCCGUCGACUGAUGAAGACACCGGAGAUCCAAACCUUACAGGAUGAGUUUGAUAGUGCCAGGUUAUAUCUUGCUCGAUGGGCUAUGAGCAUAUCUGAACAGAGCGAACGCGAGAGGAACCAGCGGAUAUGGACUGCACGGGAUGUCCUGGAGAUGGAAAACAGCUCCGUGGGUGAUUUCGAAAUUCUCGAACUCGAAACGGGAACCAUGUCCAUCCACGAACGGCGCAAGACAGUUACUUUAAUAGAAUGGGAGGGAUUCUUUGACCCGACCACGGGCAGAUUGCAGGUUACUGUUGAAGAGGUAAAAGAGAGAAUAUUCCAUGGGGGUCUCGAUCCGAACGACGGUGUCAGAAAGUUAGCUUGGCUUUUCCUUCUCGGCGUAUAUCCAUGGGACAGCUCCCGUGACGAACGUCAGGCUUUGAUGAAUUCUAAACGGGAUGAGUACAUUCGGUUAAAGGGUGCCUGGUGGGAGACGAUGGUCGAGGGACAGUCCACCGAGGAGCAGCAUGAGUGGUGGAAAGAGCAGAGAAACCGCAUCGAAAAGGAUGUACAUCGUACAGACCGCACAAUUCCUCUCUUUGCUGGGGAAGAUAUUCCUCAUCCGGACCCUGACUCGCCAUUUGCAGACACAGGGACGAAUGUCCACCUAGAGCAGAUGAAAGACAUGUUGUUGACGUAUAACGAAUAUAACCCUGACUUGGGCUAUGUCCAAGGAAUGAGCGACCUGUUAGCACCGAUAUAUGCAGUCAUGCAGGAUGAUGCAGUCGCCUUUUGGGCAUUUGUUGGCUUCAUGGACCGAAUGGAACGCAACUUUCUUCGCGACCAGUCUGGCAUGCGUGCCCAACUUCUGACUUUAGAUCAUCUUGUACAACUCAUGGAUCCUCAACUAUACCUCCACCUCCAGUCUGCCGACAGCACAAACUUUUUCUUCUUCUUCCGUAUGCUCCUUGUAUGGUACAAGCGUGAAUUCGAAUGGGUGGAUGUUUUGCGCCUUUGGGAGACAUUGUGGACCGACUAUCUAUCCAGCAGCUUCCAUCUUUUCAUCGCUUUGGCAAUCCUAGAGAAGCACAGAGAUGUCAUUAUGGACCACUUGAAGCAUUUUGAUGAAGUCCUGAAAUACAUUAAUGAACUCUCCAACACCAUGGAACUCAUUCCAAUCCUCACCCGCGCCGAAUCCCUAUUCCGUCGCUUCGAACGAGCCGUUCAAGCAAUAGACAAGAAAAACAACUUCCCCGCCCCUUCCGCUCACCAACGAAAACCCAUCCAAUCCUCUUCCGACGCAGACAAAGGCAAGUCGCCACAAAGACCUCCAAGCACCGGGUUCAGCAGCGGCACCAGCUCCGGACCGAGCGCUCCACCAGAUGACAACAGCGAACCUAAAGUAAUUUCACCCGAAUUAAGAGAGCUAUUUAGUAAAGAUAUCCCCUGGAAGCGACAGUCCUCUGAACAGCGUGAACACGUACAAGAUUCAUCCUGAAAAAGCUUUUGCAUUGUACGGAAGAAACUUUGAUGGGUGGAUUAUAGCUCAGUUAUCAUGUUCUUUUACGAUAAGUCUCGGUAUGAUCAUUCUUGCUCAAAGACUUGGCUUGUUUUGCACUUAGACCCGUAUUGAUCGGGUCUUAUGGAUUAUGGUUUAUUGCUCGAUAGCUGGUUGUGGUCGGUCUGGAUUGGUGGC